ACAUAUGUAAUUGUGUGGGACAAUUAGUCAUAUCAACACUUAUUUAAAAAUUUUCGUACCAACUUUUGUUUCAGCACUUGACUAUAAAUAUCCAACCGAUUUUGGUUAUUGGUAUCAAACAAUCUUUAGCUUUUGUGUAAACAACAGUCACAGACAAGAAAAUCAAACACUUCAACAUGUUCAAAUACGCCGUUGUUCUUUUCGCUCUCAUCGCUUGUGCUGCUGCCAAGCCCGGUUUGCUGGCUGCCGCUCCAUUGGCCUAUGCUGCUCCCGCCGCUGUUGUUACCGCUCCUGCUCCAGUUGUUACCGCCACCAGCAGUCAAGUGAUCGCCCGCAACCAUAAUGGCAUCGCCGCCGCUCCAGUUGUUGCCAGCUAUGCUCAUUACGCUGCUGCUCCUUUGGCUGCUCCAGCAAUUGCUCAUUAUGCUGCUGCCCCUCUUGCGUCGUCGUUGCUUUGGUAAUGAAAUCUGCCUUUAAGAAUCGAAAGUUGCAAAUAGCCUGUUUAAAAUAAAAUAUCAUUAUUGAAAAAAAUGUUACAUUAUGUUUUAUUACACAAUAUAAAUAUUUAGUUUCCA